AUGGAUAAUUGGGCCUUAUGGAAGGGUUGGGGAGUUGGGUUCCCAUGGUUAAUCGAAGUUCUAACAUUGAUUAAUAUUAUUAUUCAGCUUGAGAGGUUUCGGAUUGUUAAGAGAGCAGCUUUUGUAUUCAGCAGACACAGAAAAAAUCCAAGAGGCGAUAAAUGGGAUGCUGAUGAAGAUAUCGUUUUAAUGUCAGCAUAUUGCAUCGUUAGUGAAAAUGAGCGUCGUGGAAAAAACCAAAAGAAAACAUCAAUAUGGGCACAAGUGAAGGAGCUAUAUGAUGCAAAUCAAGUAGAAAACCCAGGAAAGCUUGGUAAUAGGAACAUAGCUCAAAUGAAAGGUCGUUAUAAACGACUUAAUGAAAGUGCUGGAAAAUGGGAUCUACAACUAGAUCAUGAUGCAACACGAUCACGCCCUGAAUAUGAAGUAGAUGAUGAAGAAAGUGGUGGUAGCACAAAAAGAUCAAGGUUUACUGAAAAAGGAGACUAUUGUGUCCAAUCCAACAUAGAAGGGGAAAGUAUUGGUGGUUCAACAAUUAAACGUCCAACAGGUAGAGAUGCAGCUAAAAGAAAAGAAAAAGGUAAGUCUUCUAAUGAAGUUGUUGCAGAACUUCGUGCGAUGAGACUUAGUAGAGAUAGUGAAGUAGAAGUAAUGAAAAAAAAGACUUGA